AUGGGCCUUGGUGUUUUUCUGACCUGCUGGCUGAUCUCUCAGCUGAGGGGUGAUAAGAUGUCCUUGGAUACCGUUUUUCAACUUGGUGGUGUCCUGGUGUUUGCACUUUUCAUUUCGAUCACCUUGGCUGUCUUGGAUCCCUUCUUGUGCAUCCAAAAUCCCGAUGGAUCUUCUUCAAUGGCUUCCAGUCCGGGCGUCGUUUGCUUCAACUCAGAGGAGCAUGUCUGGCUGGCGUUCCUGUCAAGUCUAGGGAUCCUUUGCUACCCUUUGCUUGUUUUGAGCUGGGCCACUUUUACCACUUUGAUGUAUCCGUCCAGAAUCAAUAGUGGUGCCGGGCUGAAGCUGGUGCGCCGGCAUGGGUUUCUUUUUCAGCGCUUCACCCGGGAAUGCUAUUUCUACGGAACGCUGCUGUUGCUGCGGAAUAUCAUCGUGUCGCUGGUUCCGGUGGCCUUUGCAGCAGUCCCUGAGGUCCAAAUGGUGAUCAUGGGCGCUGUUUUGGUGACGUUUGGUGCAGUGCAAGUUCGCUUGUGGCCUUGGCGUACAACACUGGCCAAUUACACAGAUCUUGCAAUCACCUUCAUCCUGCAGGUGGUCUUGCUUGGCAUAGCGCCAUUAUUGGAGGUAGAAGAGGGAGUGUCCACGGAGAUACUGGGUUGGAUUCUUACGUUCAGCGUGCUCAGCCCAUUCGUGGCCGGCAUCGCUGCCAGCACCUUCUGCGUUUUGUGCCACUUUCAUCCUCCCCUCGACUACGGCAUCUUUUUGUGCCACCACAAAGGUGGCGCCGGAAGCCUUUGUCGCCUCAUCAAGCUCUUGAUUUCGAAUCACAGCAAGACAAGGGUCUUUCUGGAUUCAGAUGAGCUGGAGGAUUUGGAUCUCAUUUUCGACACUAUCCGUCUGAAAACCAGGAGCGUGGUAGUGGUUUUGACGCCUGAGCUGCUGACACGCAUGUGGUGUGCCGGCGAAAUCGUGACCGCCUUCAAGAACAAGGUGAUCACCGUCCCAUUGAUUUGCGAUGGGUACCUUCCACCUUCCACGGCUGACAUUGAAGGAAUACCAGAAGUAUGGACAGUGCAACAGAAGCAAAUUCUGUCCUUCUAUGGUAUCACUAUGGAGGAUGUGCAGCGCGCCUACGCUUGGUUGCAUGAUGAACUCGAGGCCCUCAUUUUGUCUCGCUUCGCACCACCGCAUCAUCGCGAGAACACCGUGGUGGAACUGCUUAGCAUGGUGAGGGCGCCAAUGCUGUACUUCCGUUCCAUGGAUGGUACGAAAGCUGCCAACCACAAAGUAAAGGCGCGUGUGCUUAUCACAGGAGCCGUCAGCGAUGGAGAAGCGCUUGCAACCUUGGAGGUGUUUCAAAUCAUGUUGCAGAAACAGCUUCACAAAGAAUGUGCAGUAGUGCAAACUCCAACGGCGUUGGUGGCCUACAAGCCAUGGGCAUAUUACUUUGUCAUCCUUCUUUCACGGGGUAUGCUCCGCGAUCCAGGCUUUGCAGAGACUCUCUUAAGCGCCUAUGUCGAAGGAGAAGGCGUCAGCUCUCGUCCACUCGAGAUGGUCACAGUCAAUGCCGAUACGCACUUUGAGUUUCCAAGCGCCGAGUUCUACCGGGACUUGGAGGAACACAGCCUGCCCGGGGUGGAGCUGCACCUGGGGCCUCAUCUGUCAAAGGUGGAGGUCAAGAAUGGUCAAGAGACCCCGGAGUUGGUGAAACAAGUACAAACCUUGACAAAAUGCGCCUUGAUCCAGCUAGACCUUGAUGAUUUGAGUGAAGCCUCGGACGACCACCCUUUGAUCACAGAGUCUGCGACGGCAGAAGUUCAAGCGACGGCCCCUUGGCCCGAGGGCCCCGACGUCUCGGGGCCUUUGGCCGAAGGCCGUGGCCUUUUCGGGUCGGGCGGCAAAGUCGCCUCACGGGCGCUGCGACUGGCAAGCAAAGCUGCGGAAGUCACACAGCUGUCCUCCUAUGUUUUCAGCAGUCCACCACAAGAUGGCGAGGCGAUGAGUCAACUCAUGCUGGGCCCUGCCUCCUUGGUAAACCAUGGAGUACCAGAGAUGGUGAAUUGCGACCUCAUCCCAUCAGAAGGCUUCGUCAUCUUGCGGCCACGGGAGGGCUACAUAGAAGGUGAGGAGCUAUUCAUCUCCUAUGGCACCAGCGAGUGGUUCACAGACCGUGGCUUGGUAAGCCAGAGUGCCAAGCCCGCACAGCUGCAGAAUUCCACAGGCAUGUGCCUGAGCAAGUUGAGGGCAGAUACGAAGACGGCGGACUUGCUGGCGGCGUCUUCAAUUGCCACAGAGGAGCGGAUCAUGACACCAGCGUUCUUGAUCCCCAAAGACGUGGCAGACCCUGUGCUGCUGGACCAUGCAUUGCCCAUCGAAGAGGUGCUCCUUUUGCCGCUCUGGCCAGGGCGCAUCAACGAAGCAGAGCCACCCAACGUAGAGCUUCAAGUGAUGGUCGACGGUUUGCCAAUUCGUGACAUCAAGCGGAAGGCACAAGAACUUUGCGAUGCACCUGGGAUUCAGGUGGAUGUGGUGAUGACUGCUUUGAGAGACAUCUUAGAGGGCGAAAAGAUUCGUGCGCGGCCUUGUGGCGAAGGCUGCCUUGCCCCACUCGGCUGGGCGCGGCAGAUUUCAGAAGCCAGGCACGCAGCAGCAGAGGCAGGCGAUGUACAAGCACAGUUUCAGUUGGCACAGCGAUACCGCCAAGGCAUGCCAAACACUAGUGCGGUAGACAGCUCCCAGGCCCUGAUCUGGUACACCAAAGCCGCCCAGCAGAACCAUACAGCAGCAAUGCUGCAGCUGGGUGCCAUGCUACACGAUGGUGACAGCCUCGGGCGUCGCGAUCCCUACGGCGCUUUUGAAUGGUACCUGGCAGCUGCAAAGCAGGGCAGUGCCACUGGGCAGUUCCUGGUGGGCUUGGCCUACACCAACGGAGAUGGCGUGGAGAAGAACAUCUCCGAAGCCAGCGUGUGGCUGAGUCAUGCAGCGGCGCAGGGUAGCUCAAACUUUGCCAAAGCGUCCAAGGCCAUGUACAAUUUGGCCAUCGCAUAUCGUGAAGGCCUUGGCAUUGCCCCUGAUCUCCAGCAGGCUUUCUACUGGUGCCGGAAAGCCGCGGAAGAAGGGAACCAUGACAAGGCCAUGUUCAAUUUGGCUGUGGCCUACAGCCGUGGCGAUGGCACUGCAGUCGACUCCAAAGAAGCUGUCCGGUGGUAUCGGCGUGCUGCUGAGAUGGGACAUGUUAUGGCUCAGUACAACUUGGGCUACGCUUAUUUGGUAGGAGAGGGAGUUGCAAGGAGCGAUGAACUUGCAGCGAAGUGGUUUCAAGAUGUUGCGGAGAGCGGGAGAAGCAAUGGCCGCUGGUUUGCUUUACAGCCAGGGCCGCGGCGUCAAGCCUGA